AUGGCUCCACAGGUCAGCAGACAGGCUGCUUUUGUCGAUCUGAGCCAAACCGGCACGACCUCAGGGUCAAGCCAGUACGCUUGCGGUGGUGAGCCCCGGCAUAGCAGUCGCCGGGGCUCACCUAGACAGAACCCAAGAGGAUCUGACGCGAUGAACUCGUUGAGCAAUGCCCACGCUUCCACCACAUGGUCAGCACAGCCCAUGGAACGGGUGACUGCGCGGGCUCCAGAGUUACGGAAAAACAGGAAGGUUCUUUCCAAGGAGUCCUCAACAUCCUUUUCUUGGUUGCCUGGGAGGAAGGGGAAGAAAGCGGCCGAUCGGACGUCGAUCUCUCAUACGCAGCGAGACCCGACGGAGAAACGUGGUAUACCCCGUGUCGUCGAUUUUCAGAUCCCUGAUGCCCCUGGACCAAACCAUCUUGGCCGACCAGCAAAUCUGCCCUCGCCUCAGCUUCUACCGGCCCACAGGCUGCAAUCGCGAAGCCAGCAUGUUGUGGGCAAUUAUAAGCCGGAUCCAAAGAAACUUGUGACUGACCCAGCGCUCUGGAACUCUUCCCACCCUGUGAGGCGAUCGCUGGCUCGGCCACAACAGUCUGAAGAGAAUCGUCCCUUGCGCGGUCGACGGGUUCUGUCCGAAGAUAGAUCGCAAGCCCAAGAGAAGCCAGUUAUCGAGGCUCUCAAGGAGUUUGAUCAGCGAGAUGGUUUUGCUGCGCGAGGUCGUAACUGGUCCACCACGGUUGUCAUAGGGGACAAAGAACCUGCUACGCAAUACACCUCCUUUCCGCCGCCCUGCUUUGAUGAGGAAACGGCGACUACGGAGAAGCAAAUGCGCCGCAGAGCUGUGUACUUCAAGCCGUCAGAUAUCCCUGCUGACCUUGCCCAGCUAGCAGACCAGCAGGAAGACAAUGCUGAUGACGCCCCAGCGGAUAUCUCGUACAAUGAGCCGCGGGCAGUCUCGUAUUUGUCUUUAUUUGGAUCUGACCAAGAAUGUGAUGGCGAGGACAGCGAAGAAGAGGAUCGUGAGCAGGUGGAGCUGCCCUCCAUCUUCCUUACGCCCCCGUCAAGAAAAGUGAGUGAGGCAUCAGUAUUAUCGACCAGGCUUCUGUCACCAGGCCACGCGUGGAAACUCCUUGCCGAGGACGCACGCAGGGAUGCGGUCCGCGAACGCAGGACGUCGGACAAAAUCCUGGCUUACUGCUCGCCGCUCAUCGCCGCGCUACAGGUGUUGCAGGGCUACCCAGAGUUCGAUGGCCUCGAAGAGGCCUCUUGGGAAGGCCUAGACGAGGUGCUACGCCAGGUGCUAGAGGACCGUGAUAUGAACGGCGAGGAACGGGACCACGCGCUGGCGUCAGCCGCCUGGUUCCGGGAGCAGUGGUGGCGACUCUAUCGUGAGUCCAAGCGCCAGUGCUAUGUGCUACAGCAUCCCACCGAGGAUGGUGCCGCCGUCGAGGCUUAA